AUGGGCUGUUGUCGAAAAGAAAAUAAGAAAUCAACGAACAAUGAUAAUGGUACGAAAAAAACCAAGAAAAACAAAGCAAAAAAACAGAGAACUUCAAAAGACAAGAAAAAAGUAACAAUAAAAACAAUCGAUGAACAAUCUGAUUCAAAAUUUCAAGCAACCACUGAUCAAAUUCAAUUGUUCUCUAAAGUUGACAAAUCUCUUCAACAGCAACAACAACCAUCAAUUCAAAUUCCUGUUGAUGAAAAUACUUUAGAACCUCGAACAACAUCACCACCGUCUAUUACAUCUUCACGCCUUGAAAUUGAUCACCACGUCAUCGAUAAUAUUUCUUCUUCAGAUAAUAUUCAUUCUAUAAAAACAUUCAAUGAUCUACAAGCAUUCGUUGAACAAAACAAAAAGCCUAUUUCAAUUGUUUUUUUCUAUGCUCCUUAUUGUCCGUAUUCAAAACGUGCAAUGUAUGGUCUUCGUCAAUGGGCACGCGCAAAUAAAAAUCGCGUUUUUUUAUAUGAAGCCGACGUUGAACAAGCGUUACAGCUAGCAGAAUAUUAUCAUAUUCGGACCGUACCGACUGUGAUAGCAUUUAGUAAAAAUAAUCUUCUUAGCCCAAUAUGGCAACGUACAGCAACAAAUGUGUUUUCAUCUGAUGUAGAAACUUCAAUAAAUCAAUCUGAAUCAAUUGAAAAUCAACAAUUCAAAGAGAUCUUUCGAGAGAAAUUAGAUACUAAAAAUAACGUUUUCUUUAGUCUUGAUCCAUCAAAUAAAGAAACGAAUUCUCCAAUGAAAAUAUUUGAAACAUUAAAUGAAACAAAACAAGAACAAUAUUUAAUUAUUCUUAAUAAUAAACAAUCCAUCGGUAAUCAACCGAAAUUGAUAUUAGCAAUAACGAAUGAACAAGGUCAACAUGAAUUUCUCCAAACAAUGCCUCAAUUUCAAUCUAAUCAUGACAUAAAAUCAGAAUCAAUUGCAUCGUCUCAACUAAGUCCUUCUAUUUGGAAUAGUUCAAUUCACACUAUCGAAAAUGAUGAUAGUCAUCCAUCGUCAAAGCAAUUAAUCAGUGAGGAAGUCAACGAAUACAAUGGAAGAACAAUAUCAAAAUUUCCAAUAUAUACAACGUUAACUAGCGAUCAACCUAAAAAUAAUGACAAUAUCGAAAUCAAUAAAUUCACUACAGAUCAAUAUCUACAACAUGUUUAUUUACCAAAUUCGAAUGAAAUAUUUUAUGAAAAACAAUUUGAAAACACAAAUGAGUUUAAUUAUUCAUUAUCAUCCGAUAGAUUUAGUACAUUAACUUAUCAACAUGUGAAAGACACGAAUCAGUACUUGAACAAUCAACAAGAAGAAAUAUGUAUUCUAUAUCUAGGUCCUAAUCGGUGUCGAGGUUUCGAAGAUAAUCUACAUAAUGAAACUAAUUCUUCAAAAUUAUCACUUUUAACUCUUAAUUCACAAUCACUAUUGGAAUAA